AUGUCCAUCUGGGAUUCCCUCAGCGGUCGCAAACAAAAGCAGGGCCCCGAUGCCUUCGACCCUUCAACCACGCAAGAUGCCACAUCCUUCCUCUCCGAGGUCGCUAUUCCCGAUCCCUCUCGUCUUCAUCCUUUGGCUGGUUUGAACCAGGAUACUCUCGACUACCUCUCCCUCGAAGACUCCGCCCUUGACGAACUCCCGGGCUCCCGAUCAGUGUUGCCAUCCCGUGGAUGGUCAGACGACCUUUGUUAUGGUGCCGGCACUACCUAUCUUGUUGCACUCGCUACUGGAGGCGCAUGGGGUCUUGUAGAAGGAUUAAAGAAGACACCCCCCACAGCAGCACCCAAGAUUCGUCUGAACAGUGUACUCAACUCAGUGACCCGUCGCGGUCCGUUCCUCGGAAACUCGGCUGGUGUUGUGGCUAUGGUUUACAACGGUUUCAAUUCGGCCCUUGGAUAUGCGCGCGGCAAACAUGAUGCUUCUAACAGUAUCGUGGCUGGCGCAUUGAGUGGUAUGCUCUUCAAGAGCACACGUGGAAUUAAGCCCAUGAUGAUCUCUGGUGGCAUUGUCGCUUCAAUUGCCGGCGGCUGGGCUGUUACGCGAAAGGCCUUCUUCUAG